AUGUCUCAGUCUUUAUCUGGAGCGACGAUGGCUGCAAGGGACAAACAAUCUGCCGAGCCCAGAGUUCAAUAUCCAGGCCGCCGCUUUGCACAGAUUGUCAAAUUGAAGCCGGAGUUCGUCGAGAAGUACAAGGAGGCACACGCUGCGGUCUGGCCCGAGGUCCUCAAGCAAAUCAGCGAUUGCAAUAUUGUGGACUACAGCAUCUUCCAUGACCCGGAAACCUGCAUUCUCUUUGCGAGCUUCAAGUAUAUUGGGGACGACUAUGCUAGGGACAUGGCGCUUAUGCGGGAGAAUCCCAAGGUGCGCGAAUGGUGGAGGAUGACGGAUGGCAUGCAGAAAUCUCUGGUGCCGGGUGCCAAAGAUAGCGAGUCUGGUGAGCCAGGGUGGUGGAAGCCAGUUGAGGAGGUCUUCUACUACAAUCCCUGA